GAAUUCCGAAUCAUGUGCAGAAUGCUGAAUCUUCCCCGAACCAGGACGAAUCACACAACGCGGAAAAGCAGACUCUCGUAAUUUUGGAAUUGCAUGUUGCAAGGAGUCUCCUAGAUCUUCACGCCCACCCUCGGGUAGGAAGGGAGUUGGGGUCCGGGCUAGGCCAGCCCAGCAGGUGGAGAGGGUCCCGGGCAGCCCCGCGCGCCCCUGGCCAUGUCGCCUUUAAUGCCCUGCCCCUUCGUGUGGCCUUCUGAGGGUUCCCAGGGCUGGCCAGGGUUGUUUCCCACUCGCGCGCGCGCUCUCACUCCCAGCCAAACCCAGCUGGCAGGGCUCCCUCCAGCCGAGACCUUUUGAUUCCCGGCUCCCGCGCUCCCGCCUCCGCGCCAGCCCGCGGGGUGGCCCUGGAGAGCCGGACCUCGCCCGGCCCCGGCUGGGACCAUGGUGUUUCUCUCCGGAAAUGCUUCCGACAGCUCCAACUGCACCCAACCGCCGGCACCGGUGAACAUUUCCAAGGCCAUUCUGCUUGGGGUGAUCUUGGGGGGCCUCAUUCUUUUCGGGGUGCUGGGGAACAUCCUAGUGAUCCUCUCCGUAGCCUGUCACCGACACCUGCACUCAGUCACACACUACUACAUUGUCAACCUGGCGGUGGCCGACCUCCUGCUUACCUCCACUGUGCUGCCCUUCUCCGCCAUCUUCGAGGUCCUAGGCUACUGGGCCUUCGGCAGGGUCUUCUGCAACAUCUGGGCGGCAGUGGAUGUUCUGUGCUGCACCGCGUCCAUCAUGGGCCUCUGCAUCAUCUCCAUCGACCGCUACAUCGGCGUGAGCUACCCGCUGCGCUACCCAACCAUCGUCACCCAGAGGAGGGGUCUCAUGGCUCUGCUCUGCGUCUGGGCACUCUCCCUGGUCAUCUCCAUCGGACCCCUGUUCGGCUGGAGGCAGCCGGCCCCCGAGGACGAGACCAUCUGUCAGAUCAACGAGGAGCCGGGCUACGUGCUCUUCUCAGCGCUGGGCUCCUUCUACCUGCCGCUGGCCAUCAUCUUGGUCAUGUACUGCCGCGUCUACGUGGUGGCCAAGAGGGAGAGCCGGGGCCUCAAGUCUGGCCUCAAGACCGACAAAUCGGACUCGGAGCAAGUGACGCUCCGAAUCCAUCGGAAAAACGCCCCGGCAGGAGGCAGCGGAGUGGCCAGCACCAAGACCAAGACGCACUUCUCGGUAAGGCUCCUCAAGUUCUCCCGGGAGAAGAAAGCGGCCAAAACGCUGGGCAUCGUGGUGGGCUGCUUCGUCCUCUGCUGGCUGCCUUUUUUCUUAGUGAUGCCCAUUGGGUCUUUCUUCCCUGAUAUCAAGCCCUCUGAAACAGUUUUUAAAAUAGUAUUUUGGCUCGGAUAUCUAAACAGCUGCAUCAACCCCAUCAUAUACCCAUGUUCCAGCCAAGAGUUCAAAAAGGCCUUUCAGAAUGUCUUGAGAAUCCAGUGUCUCCGCAGAAAGCAGUCUUCCAAACAUGCCCUGGGCUACACCCUGCACCCGCCCAGUCAGGCCCUGGAAGGGCAGCACAAGGACACGGUGCGCAUCCCCGUGGGAUCAGGAGAGACUUUCUACAGGAUCUCCAAGACGGAUGGCGUUUGUGAAUGGAAAUUUUUCUCUUCCAUGCCCCGUGGAUCUGCCAGGAUUACAGUGUCCAAAGACCAAUCCUCCUGCACCACAGCCCGGAGACAUACACCCAUAACAUGAAGCCAGCUUCCUGUCCACGACUGUUGUCCUUACUGCCCAAGGAAGGGGAGCAUUUGAAGCAAAUGCACGAGUGAAGCAAACCCACCACUCAUCCUGUGAACCACUGUCUUUGGAAUCCACCCCAGGAGCCCAGGAGCCUUGCCUGUCACAUGGAUUUACUUCUUUAUCAAGAAUCCAUCUGACUAAGGCACAAAUCCAACAUAUUACUGUUGCUGAUGCAAGAGAAGCAGUAACUUAAGGAAUGAUCAUGAAUGCAAAGGGCAAGAGGAAAAGAGCCUUCGGGGACAAAUAGCUCGAUUUUCUGUAAAUUAGUUUCCUACAACCUCCCUCCCCCAUUUCAUUCCUAAAAGUUCAUUGAGAAUGAUCAGCCACAUGUAGGGUGUGAGGAAUUCCAUAAGGCACCCCAGUUUCUUCAAUAAGUAAAUGGCAUUUUAAAAAGGGGAACUUUUAUGGGUUAAAAUAUUCUUAAGAGAUGCAUUCAUCAAGUAUACUGUAUAAGCCUUGUUCAUUUAGAUCUUUAUUGAAACAAAGUGUAAAAAGACAUUUUUGAAGUAAUUGGAGAAAAUUAAGAAGAGGCUGGGUCCUAUUAGAUGUUAGAUAAUUAGAUUGUUACUUUGAAUUUUGUUGGAUGUGAUCAUGGCAUUGUCCUUAACUGGUAAGUGCCUAUCGAAGUAUGUUUACAAUUUGCUUUAAAGUUUUAUUGCCAAAAGUGGAGAAGCAAGGGUGAUAGAUGAAAUAAGAAUGGCAGGCAAGGCCACACACAGUUCUUCCAUGUUUGUGCAUGUUUGAAAUUUUUCAGAAUAAAAUAUUUUUAAAAGAAAAAAAAAGGCACAUUUAACUUGUAAAAGUCAGUGUCCCUUGAAUUCUGGAACAUUCAUAGACAUGAAAAUCAUGCUGCAAAACAAAAUCCCCUUUGUUCAAAGAGAGCUGCUGUUGCACUCUCUGCUCUCUCAUUUCUUUAUUCACUCUAUAAUAUUCAGUGUAGGCUGACUGUGCGCCAGCCCCAACUCCAGGGGGUGGAGAAUAACAAGGGCAGAGACAUGGUCCUUGCCGCCCAAGCAUCUAUGAUAUCGAUACAGUGCCAUGGGAGCUUGGUGGAGGGCCUCAGUCGACUGCAGAGUUAGGCUUCUCAAAAGUGAUGAUCUCUAUGGUGAGUCUUGGAGGACACAAUGGGGUGGGGAACAGAAACAGUUGCAAAGAAGGGAGGAAUCUGUGCAAAGGCCCAGGGGCUGGUAAACCUUGGGUGUGUGCUGGGGCUGCUGCCUCCUCCCAAAUGUCGGGGCACAGGGAAGUCAGUCUCACUUAUCAUGGUGACCACUUGGCUCUACAACCCCCACUGCCCAAGUCCCCACAGGCAAACCACACAACUGCUCUUCUUCUCACUCUUUUUUUAAGCCAAGAAAGAACUCACUGAAACAGCCAGUCGGUGGUGAGUCCAAGGCUUUCCUGACAGAGUGACCAUGUUUGGCUUGGCUGAAAAUCACAAAGCCUUGGUUUCCUAGUUGUCUGAUUCUCUUUGUUCUCAAGGCCUGGUGCAGCAUUACAGUGGGAUGGCU